AUGACAAAGCCCAAUACCAGCAGCCUGUCGAACUUCUUCUGCAUAGCUUGUGCAGCUGUUGUCAUCCUAGGCAGAACCUGCAGUUGCUUGCAGUUCACUUACCCCAACUUCAACGCAAGCAACAGGGACGAUUUCAGCUUCAGCCCUGACUCAGCAAUCUCCAACAACUCCCUGCAGAUCACGCCGAACGCCGGCAACAUGAGCCACCGGUCAGGAAGAGUGGUCUACACAAGGGAAACCCUCAAGCUGUGGAACAGCAAGCGCACGGAGCUCACGUCGUUCAGGACAGAGUUCGUGCUCAACAUCCUCCCACAGAAUGGGACUGGAGAAGGUAUGACCUUCAUCCUCACAAAUAAUCCAUCUUUGCCCAGCAACAGCAGCGGCCAGUGGCUGGGUGUGUGCAACAACCAGACAGACGGCGUGAAGACAAACCGAUUAGUAGCCGUGGAAUUUGACACGAGGAAGAGCUACAAGGAUGACCUUGACGGCAACCAUGUCGGACUCGACUUAAAUAGCAUCAAAUCUGUUCAGCAACACCCACUCAGUAAUCAGUCCAUCGCCCUCUCAAGUGGGUCUGAUGUAUUGGUCGGGAUCAAAUACGAUGGUGCAUCACUGCUGUUUCAAGUAACUCUCGUCCAAUACAGCACAAGUGGGCAGCAUGUUGCCCUAUUAAGUCGGUACAUUAACCUGUCACUAGUUCUACUGGACGACAUAUAUCUGGUGUUUGCAGGUUCCACAGGCAACUUCACCCAGCUGAACCAGAUAAAGUCCUGGAACUUCACCACAAUAGACGACGAUGCCACAGUUAGAAGAGGGCAUUACUGGAGAAGAAAGGUGCUUUUGGCUCUCGUUGCAUUGCUUGUGUUCUCUAUAUGUUUGUUUGCUGGGCUGUUCAUGUGGAGAAGGCUGACGUGGCGGAGAAGGCUCGCCUACCGCAACCUGGAGAAGAUGAUCGACGCACAUGGUCCAGUCAAAUUUAAGCUCAGGGAACUCAGGCGUGCGACUGCCAACUUCAGUCCUACCCGCAAGCUGGGCCGAGGAGGCUUUGGCACCGUUUACCUUGGAUACGUCGAUAGGAUGAACUUGGAGGUGGCAGUCAAGCGGGUGUCGACGGACAAGCAGGCUGACACCAACCGGGGAGAGAAGGAGUUCGUGGCGGAGGUGAACACGAUCAGCAAGCUGUCGCACCGGAACCUCGUGAAGCUGAUCGGCUGGUGCCACAAGAAGGGCGAGCUUCUGCUUGUCUACGAGUACUUCCCCAUGGGAAGCCUUGACAAGCUCCUUUACGCCAGGGAAAGGACCGCGUCGUCGUCCAUGUCGGCGUCGACGGACACACCGGAGCUCACAUGGGAGCGGCGGUACAAGAUCAUCUGCGGCGUGGCAUCGGCGCUGGACUACCUGCACCACGGGAGCAGCAAGCGGAUCCUCCACAGGGACGUCAAGGCCAGCAACGUGAUGCUCGACACCGAGUACAACGCGCGGCUGGGGGACUUCGGCCUCGCCCGCGUCAUCCAGCACGACGGUGUCACGCACCACUCCACGCAGGUCGUGGCGGGGACCCGCGGCUACAUGGCGUACGAGAGCUUCUUCACAGGCCGUGCCAGCCUCGACACGGACGUGUACGCAUUCGGGGUCUUCGUCAUGGAGGUGAUCAGCGGGAGGAGCCCCAGCAACGCCGUGCAGCACCCGUACAUCCACGACAGCGACCACCGUGGUGAGGAGGAUUACUCGAGCGGCGGGGGAGCGCGACACCCCUUGCCGAUGCACAUUGUGGAUUGGAUAUGGAGGCUCUACGGCGAGGGAAAGGCCUUGCAUGCCGCCGACCCAUUGCUCGGCGGUGAGUUUGAGCAGGCGCAGGUGGACUGUGCGGUGAGGCUGGCGUUGGCGUGCUGCCAUCCGAACCCAAGGGAGAGGCCGUCCAUGAGGACGGCGGUGCAGGUGUUGAUCGAUGGUGCCCCGACGCCGGAGCCGCCGUUUAAUAAGCCUGCGUUUGUUUGGCCUCCGGGCGGCAAUCAGCGGGAGAUGGAGCUUCCGGAGGUCGGGUUGCUGUUCACGGGAGGGGCUAGGCAGCACAGCAGUUUCUGCUCCUUGAACUCCACUUCCCUCACGGGGAGGUGA